AAAAGGGGGUUGGACGCAUGUUCAUUCAGAUUACUGGUAAAGUGAACAGUGCAGACUAUUUCGCGCCCAAGAAACUGCUUCCUACCAGGUCAACCUCUAGACAGGCCUGACAGUGGAGAUGUCUAAAGCGCCAGAUGGCCCCGCUAGGACCCGCUCCAGGUCCAAGUCCAGGUCCAGGUCUUGCACGCGGUCUCGUUCCAGAAGCCGCUCCCGUUCCAGAUCCAGGAAGCACCGCUACAGUUCUAGGUCACGUUCCCGCUCCAGAUCUCACUCUCCGUCCCACGGCAGGAACUAUCCCACCAGAGACUACCAGAACAACCGGGGUUACCAGAGGGGCUACAACCGUGGCUUCCGCAGACCCUUUUACUUUCGCGGUAGAACCCGGGGCUUCUACCCUCGCCAGGGUUACCAGAGAGGAGGUAACAGCUACGGCUACAGAGCCAACAACUGGCAGGGGGGUGGCUACCGGGACGGGCCGCCCCACGACCAGGACCACCACGGUCCUCACAGCCCCAGGAGAGGGAGAUCUCGGUCCCGCACGCCCCGGAAACGCUCCGGCAGCCGCAGCCACUCCCGGUCUCGAUACUCCGAUCGUUCGUCCUCCAGGGGUUCCCGACGGUCCCGGCGGCACCACAGCUCCUCUUCCCGCUCCUCUUCCCCGCGGAAUCGCCGCAGCAGCCCCGGCUCAGGGAAGUCUGGCUCUAAAGAUGUAAAGGACAAGACUACACCAGCAGAGGCCAAGGAGGAGAGGGGAGGGGCUGGGGAGCAGGUAGGAGGACCAGGGGGAGAAGGCAGCAGUCAUGAUAAGGCCUCCGCUGGGAAAUGGCAGGGUCUGAGUGACUAUAACAACAGCCCCAAAUGCAGCAGUCCGGCUGUUGGUGCCAAACAGGGGAAGUCGGACCCCAAAGGGUCAUUGUGGAGAACCAUGGGCAGCACUGGCGGUGUUCCCUCUACCAAGAGCCCACCAGGCUCCACCAAGGCCGGGCCGACUGCCUCCACCAGUGGCUUUGGUUUCUUUGGCAAGGAGGAUCCCACCAGAGCAGACGAUAAGACUGCUAUUUCCUCUGCUUUCAAAAGGUUCUUGGCAGAAAACAAGAACAAAAAGCAGCAGCAGCAGGCGGCGGCAGAUUGGGAGAAUGGCCAGGACGGAGACAGCCGAGAGAAAGGGAACAGCAAGAUUGGAGGAGGCCUUUUCAACAUAACAGCAGCCUCCUUCAGCUCCAAGGCCGAUAAGUCUCUGCCUUUCCUGGAAAGAGCCGAAGAGGCCUUCCUCAAGUCUCAGGCUGCUGAAAGAGAGGAGGAGGAGGAGGUGGUCAAGCCCAAAGGAGCUACCCUGACAACACGGGAUGUGUUUGGGAAGUGGGAAGACGAGCCCCAUUACUACCCCCCAGGGAAGGACGAGGAGAGACGGAGAGACACGGCCGAAGACGUGGAUGAAGACCUGGAGCACAUGGAAGAGGAGCUUUACCGCAGCCGCAAGCAGGCCUCCAAGAAAGAAGAGAAGUCCAAGAGGAAGGAGAAGAAGAAGGAGAAGAGCAACAGGAGGAGUCCAUCUCCCGUCAGCGCAGCAGUGCCCCCUAGGGGUUCAGGCAGCGGGGAGAAGGACAGGCCCCUAGCCCUGUUCCCCAUCAAUAGGUUGGAGUCACACCUUCCCCGGUCCUCUGGGAAGAGGGAGGGCUUGGAGCACAGUAUCAACACAUUUGAUGAAAUGCCCAGCUCCUCUGGAAGUCUGACUAAGGAGCGUGGUUUGUCCAGGGAUCUGGUGCAUCCCAGUAAGAAAGAUCCCGGACAGUUCCGCUCCAUUUUCCAACACAUACAGGCUGCUCAACUCCAACGCAGCCCCUCCGAGCUGUUUGCGCAGCAUAUUGUCACCAUUGUGCACUACAUCAAAGCACAACAUUUCCACUCUUCAGGCAUGACUUUAAGUGAGCGAUUUGCCAUGUACCAAAGAAAAGCAGCUGAGAUGGAAUUGAUUAAACAAAGGAAGAGUCCAGAAAUCCACAGGAGAAUCGAUGUCUCCCCCAGUGCUUUUACCAGACACUCUCACCUGCUUGAGGAGCUGGAGGACUGCAGCUACAAGGAUCGGGGUAGAACAGCGAAAACGGACCCAAUGGACCUGCGUCUGGAUAUAGAGCGGCGCAAAAGGUUUUCUGGGAAGGAGCAACGGGACAGGGGCAAGGGCUCCCAGGGACCCAGCCAAGAGAGGUCCUCAGAGAAAUCUUCCAAACGCCACAAGAAAUCAAAAAAAAACAAGAAGAAUCGUGAUCGCUCUCCGUCCUCCUCCUCCUCUUCCUCCUCCUCUCCCUCUCCCUUCAGAGGAGGGUUCAGAGGUAAAGACCACAUGAUGGGGGAGGAAAUGGAGCAUACAGACCAGGGCUACAGUAAGCCUCGCUUCGGGUCCCGUGACUAUGAGGGCCCCAUGGAUAGGGGUCCCCCCCGCGACUAUGAGGGCCACAUGGAUAGGGGUCCCCCCCGCGACUAUGAGGGCCCCAUGGAUAGGGGCCGAGGACGUGGAGGAUUUCUUCCCAGAGUAAGAGGAGGAGGAAGGGGCUGGAAUAGAGGCAAUUACCAAGGUAACACAAGCAGCAAUGGUAACCCCCCUCCUAAUAUGAACGCCGCCCCGCCAGAGCGCCCCCCAGAUGAGGACUGGGACCCAGAGUACACCCCCAAGAGCAGGAAAUACUACUUUCAUGAUGACCGUGAGGAUGAGAAGACAUGGCUGGAGAGCUGUGGCCGAGGGGUCUUUCCCCACAGCAGGGGUCGCUUCAUCUACCGCAAGGGGGGCAGAAGCCCAAACAAGUGGACUCAUGACAUGUUCCAGACUGGCGAGGAAGGGGGCGGGAACAAGGAGGAGGAGCACCACAAAGAGUUGGACCAGAAAGACGACAACCAGGCCGCCGUAGACCCCUCAGCUUCCUCCAAACUGUAGUAGAGGACUAGGCCCUGUUACUUCUCUUGAUCCUCCUCCUCCCCCAUCCUCUUGCUCCUCCUCACCCAUCUUCUACCACCAGAGCUUUCUGUCCAUUUGUGAGAGGUCAUCUGAUCAUCUCUGUAGGCUAUAGGAGCCUGCACACAGUCACAUCAGAAUGUACAUGAUACACUGGUCUUUGUAUUGUUGAGACAGUAAGUUGUGAAAGAUGUUGAAUUGAUCUUGAGUUAAGAGCAAUACUUUUUAUUUUCCAGUAAUUUGUUUCUGUUUCUGAGUGUUGAAUUACUACCAGUAAUUUGUCUUUGUUUAUCUGUCUGUAUUUGCUUAUUUGUUUUGCAAACAGCUGACUGGUUUUCAGUUGUUUUCUGGGUCUGCAAUGGUGAUGGUAUUGCAGCUACAUUGAUUUAAAACUUCAAGGACAAAUUAUUUUCCCUCUUUUAAGACAUUGAAAUGACACGCAUUUGUGCCUUAAAGUUUAUAUUCAUACAUGGUGAUAUAUGUGCAUUGCUAUAAUUUUGUGCAAAUGUUCUGCUGUACUAGCUAACGCAAGCCUUUAGCUAAACAGGUGUUUUGGGCAAUGAUACGUUUCUGAGGGUAUUUGCAUAACCAUUUGGACUCGAACUUCCUCACCCCAUUGGACCAACCCACUGUGGGUACUGAACCUCCCCACCCCAUUGGACCAACCUACUGUGGGUACUGAACUCCCCACCCCAUUGGACCAACCUACUGUGGGUACUGAGAACUCCCCACCCCAUUGGACCAACCUACUGUGGGUACUGAACUCCCCACCCCAUUGUCCCAUUUGAGAAUUCUUCAUCAUACCCUAAGCAUUUUCAUUACCGCCAAUACUUCUGCUCCUACUUUUUGGGAGGUUGAGGUUAUGUAUGUGGUGCCCCCCCCCCCCUGUUGAUACUGGAUGUUUUUCUGUUUUUAAAGCAAGGAUUUUCACUGUGUAAAAUGAAAGGACUGUGACAAAAAAUAGUUUGUUUCAGAGUAAAUUAAAAAGUAAGUUAAAAAAAAAAUCAAUAUUGUUAUUGAGGCCUUUAUCUUGAGAGAUAAGUGUUUAAAUAGGAUACUGUAUGUUUUAAUAACAUUUUUGAAAAUGGAUCAGUUUAUGGGCUUGUCGGAGUCCUUCAGUAAUGUUCUUUAUCAAAAGGUAAACUUGGACUGUUGAGGUUUAUGGCAUAAGAUGUACUGAAGUAGAGAACAUUUCCCUGUAUGUGGCAAGUACUGUCAAAGUAUAAUUGUUGGUGGCGUUUAAACAGGUGAGUAGGGUUUAGUGAGGUACUGGGCUGCUUUGUUUGGUCUAUCCAGACUGUCCUGUACUGUAGGACUGUGAUUCAAAUUUUUGUUUUUUAUGCUACAUUUGAAACUGACGCUAACAUAUUUUCUGUUACUUCAGAGCUUUGAACUACUCUUAAAUGUUCAAUAAAUACGUUCUACGGUU